CUCUACAAGAUCUGCAGCGUUUUCCCAUCCAACGAUCGCGGAAGAUACACCAGCUGCAUGCCCAUAGAAUCCCCUAGAGCCAUUGGUGACGUUUCGUGACAUCACGCGUCAAAGGCCCAGGAAAACAAGUUCAAAGCGCGGGGGACUUGCCGUUAUUGUGGAAGUGUAAGUCUGCGAUUGUUACCUGACGCCAUCGUCGCUCGAGCCCGCCCCCUCGCCGCCGCAAGGCUCUCCAGCCUUACGCGAUCCUCUCUCCCGCCGUGUUCCGCUCUAAGAAGCGCCAGUCUCGGCCAUCGCCGAGCACCAUGUCCGUCGCCGCCUCCCAGACGAACGGCGGGAACGGCGGUCCCCCGACGUCUAGUCCACAAUGGGAUAGCCGCAACACCGGCUUCAUCUCCCCCACACGCCUCCAGCAGAUGCGCAAGCAGUCCCCCGUCCAUCAGUUCUCCCUCCAGCCGGAUCCCUCUGCAGAUAGCACCGUCCCCCCGCCGCAACCUACACCGCAAGGCCGUCCGGGCAGUGCGGGCUCCCCCGCCCAGCACGGGCGCUCAUCCUCAUUCUUCUCCUUCCGCACCCGCUCUUCCACCGAGCCCGCAGCCACCCUUUCCAAGACACGCUCGAAUGAGUUUGGCCAGAUGUCCCCGCGAAUGCAGCAGCAGCAACAGCAGACAGCUCAGCCGCAACCUCAGCAGCAAGCGCGCCCUCCGCCAGCCCAGCAAGGGCCGCCGCAACCUCCUCAACUGCACCCAGAGAUACGCUCCGUUGUGCAGCUGACGGUAGCUCAUGCGCACAAGGUGUACUUCUCAGGACCCAUGGUCCGCCGCAUCGAGCGCCAGCCAGACGGACAUCCGCCAGCCAAGGACGAGGGCUGGAAGGACGUCUGGGGUCAACUUGGCGGGACCACGCUCAGCGUCUGGGAUAUGCAGGAAAUCGAGGAGGCCAAUAAGCACGGGAGGGAAGUUCCGCCUACCUAUAUCAACAUCACCGAUGCGUUUGUACAAGUCUUAUCAUCUGUUACGAUCCCCGCCACGCCCUCACAGCCCGCGCGACGCUUCACCAACGUUCUCACUCUCAAUACUGCCGGAUCCAACCUCCUAUUAUUCUCUUGUCCUUCCCCUGAGGCGCUGAUCUCCUGGGCUUCUGCGUUCCGACUCAGCGCCUGGGAGAAAUCACGCCUCGAAGAAAUCUAUACCGCCCACCUCAUCCGCAUCACACUCCCCACUCGCGAUGCGCCGAGCACUCUUAUCCGUGGUCGUAUGGAAGGCUGGGUGCGCAUCCGCGUGUCGGGUCAGACUGACUGGAAGCGCGUCUGGAUGGUCAUCUCCUCGUCUGCCGACGCGCAAGCGCCGGGGGAGGCAUCGUCUAUAACGAGCGGCCAGCAACCCCCGACGGCGCGUGGGAAGAAGCGCAUGUCUAACCUAUUCUCGCGCGAGCAGUCCCCGCCACGCCCGGGCGGGCCCGGCCAGAAGCACAAGGACCGCAAGAAACCGUUGCUAACGAUGACGAACGUGUCGCAGGCUUUCGCAGUGUAUCCUGAGCGCCCGGAGCUGAUUAGCAGGAGUACGUUGAUGAAGGUGGAGGGCCUGUUGGGCGACGAAGAGAUGGGGAUGAGUAUGCGGAGGAGAGAAGGGUGGUUACUCGUGAUGCCGGAGUCGGAGACCGGCGUUGGCCAGGCGUCGGAAAUGCUGAAGUGGAUUAUAGCGCUGCACGACGCCUUCGAGCUGUACGGCCGACCUCCAGCGUGGACCUGGGACCCUCGCGAUCCUGCCUCGCUCAUGUUCGCUUACCCUGUCGGGCAGCACAAAGAUACCCUAUUCCUCGAUCGCGAGGCCGCCGAAGCGAUGGACCCGCGAGAAGACCGGACAUCCGUCAUUCGGUCUCGUCUGCUCAACAUCCUGAUCGAGCGCAUGCGCGCCGCUGGACCUCCAGGAGCGCCUGGUCCAUCUGGCCCUGCUAGUGGUCCCAUGCGACCUUCACUCGAUGCGCCGCCAUCACUCCCGCCCAUAGGCGAGCUGAGCAGUGACGGUGCAGGGUCUUCGUCACCUCGCAAUCCUCCCGGCCAAAGUCCAAGUCUGCCACCGCUCAACUUCGACGCGCCUCAGCAGUCGAACGAUCGUGACCGCGCACCUCUGACACCGAUCACGGAGACCAGCAGCGUCCAGACCCAUGCGCGGUCGAUGUCGGGGACGGAGUACAACCUCAACCAUCGGACGUCGCUCAACAUGGACCAGAUGAUGAUCCCGGAGGAGUCUUCGCACUCGCAGCAAUCGUCACAAAUCCUGCAGUCACAACAGCUGCACCAGUCGCCUCAAUCGCAGCACCAGCCGCUCGACUCUGCAGCUCGCAGUGUCGCCGAUUCAUUGGGACGCAGACCAUCGGCGCGAUCGUCGUUCUUUGCUGGGCAAUCGUCCAAUACUCCGCCGAGUUCGCCGCCUAUGCAGCAGUUCCACGACAUGCCGCACACGAACGGCGACCAAGCGCGUAGCAUGUCUCCGCAGAGCGCUGCCAACCGCAGUGUUGCCAGCGGGUCGCCAAAGCCUCUGCACCAGUUCAGUCCGCAGGUAUCCAGCAAGCCUCUGCCGCCGAAGGACGACGGCCCUCCAAUCACGACUGUGACUGUCAACACCAGCCGGCCGGGCGCAUACUCGCGACCAUCCUAUGAUCAUGGUUCGCCGAGUCGUCCCCCGGCGGGCGAAGCUAUACAUCGCCCAGCUUCGCCGUCGUCGUCUACAAGGUCGACGCCCACGUCGCUCAAUAGAAUGCAAAGCCAGGCUACGUCGCCGAUGUUGCGCUCGCCGUACUCGCCUCAGUCGCAGGAAAGUCAGCACGCGCAUGCUCAAGAAUUUGGCAUGACACCUGCGCCUGUCGGUCGCACCCUGAAGGACGCGCCGAUGCCCACCCAGCCUGCGCCAGAACCGGCUCCCCAGCCGAACCCUCCGUCGUCCGACGAAGGUGGGUACGGAGACCUCAGUGGCGCGCUGUCGUACAUGCGUCAGAACCAGGAGACCGGGUCUGCCCCUUCACACGUCCGUCCUGGGCUGUCGAAGGCCGACUCUGCGACAAGCGCGACGAGCCCGAGCGUGUACUCGACCGAUACCAGCCGCGAGCGCGUGGCGCACGUGGCGGCCGAUCGUGCAGGGUCACCCUCGCGCCAGGCACCGCUUGGACGCAAACCCUCGGGCGCACGUGCACAGCCCUCCUCCGCUCGUUCUCCCAUCUCCAACGUACCGCAUCGCGUCUCUGAGGACGAAGACGAAGAGGAAGCAGAGUCGGACGCCAGCAGCAACGUCCACGCGCACCGCAACACCAAGUCCGCACCCGCACCCCCGCAGAAGCGCGCGAACGAUCUGAUGGCUGGCUCGCAGGAGGAUGGAGACCUCGACGUGAUCGCGGCGCUCUCGUACCUCGAUACGAACGACGACGAGCAGGACAACAAGCCAGCGGCGGCGCCAGAGCCUGCGCCUACACCCGCUGCAGCCUCGCCCGUUGCUAACGUUUCGCCGCUACGUCCGAAGAACGCUUCUUCUCCGCCGCCAGGGUCACCGCCUCAGGAGGCUGCGAAACCUCCCGCACACUACCGAUCAUCGUUCGCGCCCUCGAAACACGCAGCCGAGCGGAAAGCGAAGCUCGAGGCGGAGAAGGCUGCGCAGUACGCGGCGGCACACAAGCCCGGACGUGCGAACGGGAAGCGGCGAUCGAAGGCGGGCGCGUGGAACGACAGUAGCGACGAGGAAGAAGAUGAGGAAGAAGAGGAAGAGGACGACGAAGAUGCAGACUCCGAUGCUCCACCUCCUUCCACGAAGGCGCGACCCCCACGCGGCGCUCCACCUAGCCUCAGGGGCGGCCCAUCGUCCGAGGCGCACUCGCAGUCGGGUGAAGGCGGCACGACGCCUUCCCAUCUUCGCCCACCGCGCACACUGCCCCAGCCUCCUCCUGGACGUCAUCAGGAAGAAGAGUGGUCGCAUCCCAACGGCUCGAACACCAACUUACCCCUCCCUCCUCAACUCCGCCCUCGCACCGUCUCCAAUCAGUUCACCGGCACGCAGUACUAUGAGGAUGGAACACCCAUCCUGUCGCAAGCCGAGGCGCCUGUGCUUGGGCAAGCACGCCAGACUGUCUGGAGCCAGGUCCUCGAUCCCGGCCGUCUUGGGAAUGGGCAGCCGCCUCCGGGCCAGGGUCGCGACACGUUCGUGCAGAUGGAACCGCCUGCGCAAGCCAUGACCAAGGCUUUCACACCACACGGUCUGCUCUCCGCUGGGCUGCAAGAUCGCGAAGACCGCUCUGCGAAGCGCCAGGAGCUCCUUGCUCGCGAAGCAGGCGCGUCCCUCGUCAACGUCCCCAACAAGCCUCCGCCGCCGCAGACCGGCCUGCUCGGUGCCGUCAGCGCGCACGAGCGUGAACGCAAGCGUGACGGCGGCAUCGGUGCUACCCUGACCGAGCGCGAGCGCGAGAAGCGUGCUGCUGAAGAGCGUCAGCGCCGCUUCGAGGAGCAGCAGCGCCAGCAGAUGGAGCAAAUGGGCCCGAUGUCCAUGUAUGGCAAUCAGUUCGGGAUGAACCCAAUGAUGAUGGGCAUGAACCCGAUGAUGAUGGGUAUGAAUCCUAUGAUGACCGGCGCGGGCAUGAACCCAAUGAUGACUGGCGGCGGGAUGAUGAACCCCAUGAUGACUGGCGGCAGCAUGAUGGGCGGGUACAACCCAGCACAGAUGUUCGCAGCCCAGCAGGCGGCCCAGGCGUACCAGCAGGCCAUGAUGGCGUUCUCCACCGCGGGCUCGCAGGCGGGCGACGCGCCGCAGGGCCAGCAGCCGGGCAUGGGUCAGAUGGGCCAGAUGGGCGCCAUGGGCAACUUCGACCCGCGCAUGUCGAUGAUGGGCAUGCCGAUGAUGGGCAUGGGGAUGGGUGGUGGGAUGGGUAUGGGCGGGAUGGGCAUGCAGCCUCAGAUGAGUGGGAUGGGUGGGAUGCAAGGCCCGCUCAUGCCGCAGAUGAGCGGAAUGUCGCAGUUCAACCCGCACUUCACGCCUGUCGGCACGCCCAGCGGGAUGGGUGACCCCUCUGGCCUCGUCCCGCCCGACCGCGCCAACCUCGGCAACUCGUCGCGCUCGAGGAGUAACUCGCCCGCGCCAUCGCCUCUUGGUGCUGGCUCCCGCGAGCGCUCCCCUGCCCGUGCCUCCUCGCCCAAGAACUAGUUUAUCAUCGUCGUCUCGCACUCGCACCACCUCCCUACAUCCAAAAGUACUCCUCUAGGACUCGCGGACUUGGUUAUUACUAUUCGUCUCGGACUUCCUCAUCGUCCCCACCCACCACAUCGUCGCUCCUUCCACCACUAGGUAAAUACGCUGGGAAUCUGUUACACCGUUCAUCGAGCUUUGCAACCGUCGUUUGGGCCUCGUCGUCUCCUCUAUCCUACUUACGAUUGGCGAAUACCACAUGCUUGACCUAUUCUAUACCUUGUGUUAUCGUCUGAGCGAUAUAGCAAUACCUUUGGCUGAUCGGAGGAUAUCUAUCGGAUGGACCAGCCUAAAGUUGGGAAGAAAAAAAA